UCCCAACAAAUCUUGUUUCCUUAAACGGCAACAUGUCUUCUUGACUUGCCAUCAUCACCCAUUUCCUUAAACGGAACAACAAAGACCAAACCAAACAUAUAAGCACAAUGGCAACGAAGACCAGAAGAAUACAGUUCAGUUUCUUGUUGCGAAGAGGGCAAAGUUAUGAAAGAAGAUGGCUCUGAAGCAGCUCAUCCAGCUUCACUGAGAAAAAAUGAAGCGUUGCAGCUCGAGCGAUCCCGAAGGGACAAGAUGGCAGAGUUUUACACUGUGUUGCAGUCCAUGGUGCCUAAUCUCUUUCCUAGGGCAACAAGGACGAGAGUCGUCGACGAAACAAUAAGCUACAUAAAGUCCCUUGAAGGAGUAGUCACUGCACUAGACUCCCAGAAAAGGGCUAAGAAGCUGCACAGACGCAGAAACUCAUCCAUCACUAUAACAGUCUCCAACAGAACAGCGUUCUUCGCGUUGCGCGUUGCUCCUGGCCACGGUCGCUUUGCACGCGUAAUAGAGGUAUUUGAGAAGCACAAGGCCGAGGUGCUGGCGGCGACGGUGGUGGCGAGCGAGGAUGGAUGCACGGACGUUACGGUCACCGCGUUGUUGGAUGGGGAGGAAAGCGCGGAGAGGAUCAAGGCCGAGCUGAUGACACUCUAGUACGGUCGACCGUUUAGUUUCUCGCGACCGUAGUCGCAAUGUAAAUAUCCGUUAUAGUCGCAGUUGCUUGGUUCAGUUUUAGUAUGAAGUUGUGGUUGUAGUCAGAAGCUUGUAUUGCAACAUGGUUACGUUUCAAACUGAAGCUGAAACUGUCAGGUUA